AUGUCGGGUUCCAGACAAGUUAUGUCUCGUGAUUUCACUGUGUUCGCUCGCGGACCGAUGACAGUUGUGAUAGUUCAUAAGAUCAAUACAUGUCUUGAUGAGCAAAGGGCACCAGAAUUAUCGUGUGCCACUUCGUCGCCGCUACGUCCCAAUAAAGGAAUUAAAUGGUUAUUUUUUAUUCCUAAAUUGCUUUUUAACAGUUAUUGUUAUUUUUUGUCUCUCGCAGUGGACGAAAACGUGGAAAUUUUCAGAGCGGAAGGCGAGAGGGUGCUUCGCGCAUCACGUGUCACAAACGCCAAUAGCCCACCGCCCAAGAGAAGAAGAGGCAAUUUACCGAAAGAUUCGGUCAAUGUUCUACGAAUGUGGCUCUGGGAACACAGGUUUAAUGCUUAUCCCUCCGAAGCUGAAAAGCAGUAUCUUUCGAAAGCCGCUAACCUCUCUGUGCUUCAAGUUUGCAACUGGUUUAUAAAUGCCAGAAGGCGAAUACUGCCCGAGAUGAUUCGUCGAGAAGGCAGAGACCCCAGCAAUUACACAAUCACGCGAAGGGCGAAUGUAAAGAGUGCUUCAUCGUCUCCGAGCAGUUUUUAUCAGCGGAGUCUAUCCCCCAGCCCUGAGCGACAAUUCGAACAAGACUUUUCACAGCAUGAUUCAGAGCCGUAUUUUCCUGUGUGUGAUUACAAGGGACAGUUUGAUAAUUACGUGGGUUGUAAGAGCCCCCACUCACUCGCUCAUGGACAGCAACACGAGUGUGUCUCCGAAAUACCGUCUCCUAAUGAGAAUUCAUCACUGACGCCAACACUGGACGCUUUCAGUAGCAUAAAUUUAUUGGUCGAAGUUGCUCUGAACAUGGACGAAUUUCGUAAACAAGGCAAAAAAUGUCUACAAGAGGUUGCUUCAUUGUCAUGCUAA